AUGUGUGGCGUGUAUGGUCUGCUUUCGUUCCUGACAGGUCAUCCCAUCGAUGCCGUGCAAUGGCUGUACUACCUCUCGUCCACAGCAGUCAUGAUCCUAUAUAUCCAAGGAUUCCGGAGAGUGCAAACUCCAAACAUUAACUGGUUUUCGCUUGUCGUUUUUGUUUAUCUGCUCGACACGGUGAUCGGUUUCUUAUACACCGGGUAUUUUUCCUGGUUGUGGUUUUCCGAGCACGAUACCUCUGUGGAGCUAAUAGCCCGUGCUGUCACCGAGGACCUCUCAUCCCAGUCUGCAUCUGAAGCUUACGAACUAUUUGUAACCGUUGCCCUAACGGUCGUUACCAGUUUGGUACGACUAUAUUUCACAGUGAUUAUGUUAGCAUUUUUCAAGGAGAUGCGCACAGCAGCUAAAUUCGAUGCAAGAUUCCGCAUCUCGAGCGCCUCUACAUCCUCGAGCGCUCUCAGAUGGCUGAACAAAGCUCAACAUCAAUCAUACAGCGCUCUGAAUAGGAUCGUCUAA